AUGGCCAGCCUUCGCCAACGCUGCGUCGUGCUGGGCUUGCUCGGCUGCCUUCUUCGCACUGGCAGAGGUGCAGCUGUCGGUGCCAACUGGGCUGGGGUGAACUCCUUCUUUGCCCAUGCAUUGCCCAGCACAGGCCCAGGCAGCCGCACGGCCUACUUGGACCACAUGAGGAACUCUGGGCUUCGAGUGCUGCGAAUCUUCCUGGUCUCCAACACGGAAGAUUACAAGAACAGUGGCUCCCAGGCGGUGGAGGACCUGGAGACUCGGGAGGUUGGCAACUACGACGAUCGCAUCUUGAGCCUCGUGGACGACCUGAUGCUCGAGGCGCACGAGCGCGGGAUCAAGCUUGACAUUGCCCUUCACGAUCGCUAUUCCCUGGGCUGUUGGAGGGAAGAUGCCUACGUAUCCAAGUACAGCUUGCCCAGCGGCUGCUGCAAGUGCGUCUUUGCAAAGAACCAAGUGGACCGCUUCUACACCGAUCCAGAAAUCCAGGCGAAGUUUGAUGAGCGCCUCGUGCACAUUCUGCAGCACUGGAACCCUCACUUCCAGAAGAGCUGGGGCAACCUGCAUGAGGUCGUUGCUUCUUUUGCGCCUCAGAACGAAGCGCAGGGCCACAUCUGGUCGGUGGACAAGGGCUGGUGGUGCCGUCGGGCGCAAGUUAUGAAGGCCCACAUGCAUCCCAGCAUCGCGGUUUCUACUGGAGGGUCUGUCGACCUUGAAGAUGCAUUAUAUCACCAGCUGUAUGUUUGCCCAGAGAUCGAUGUCGUGGACAUCCACACUUACAGCACCAGCGCUUGCGACAUCAAGAAGAUUUCUGAGAUCGCAGCCACCUGGGCAGUGAGCCAAGGCAAGAGGGUGAGGCUGCAGGAGUUCGGUAUCAAUGGCACAGACGCUGAAAAGGCCAGGCAAAUGAUUCCCAUCCUGCAAGUGGCCAACGAACUGGGUGUUCCCUUCAUGCCCUGGGAGCUUAUGCGUCCGGAAAACAACAAGGACUUCGAGUUUUGGGCGGAGGGUGACUUCUGGCAGGGCUUCUCCUUGCAAAGUGAUGCCGCUCAGAAGACCGUGUCAGUCUUCUCCUGGCCUGAGCUGGAGAGUACUUCGCCGAAGCUGAAGGCCGACUGGUACUUCUGCGUUGUGAACGGGGAGUGUGAGUCCGGCUGCUGCAGCAACGAGUGGAGUGACGACCAGAAGUACAAGUGCACGCCCGGAGGCAGCCAGUGCACGGGCAACCGUCUUGCGGACUGGGUCUUCUGCACUCAAAACAGCGACUGCGCCAACGGCUGUUGCAGUAAACAGUGGAGUGAUGAUGGAAGAUACAAGUGCACACCCGGUGGCAAUCCCAGCCUUUGUGGCGAUGCAGUGCUGAAGCUUGGAGACGCUUGUUCUGCCAACGGUGACUGUGCCAGCGGCUGCUGCGCCGCAGGCACUUGCGCGGCGAAAGCGGUCCCGGCUCAGUGCAACGGCCGCUGA